AAAAGGACUUUAAUUUUUAAAGGAUAUCAGAAUAUAUACAAAUAUAUAUAAAAUUGUACAGUGAGUUUUUAUAGAGGAAAGAGCCUAAAUAUUUGAAGAAAAAAAAUAUUUAACACAAAAAGGAUUCAAAGACAUUUUUUUUCUGUUUUGGAGCAAAACGAAACAAAAACACGAAAUUAAAACAUAAGAAAAUAUUGGAAACAAGAGAAAGAGAGAGAAGGAGAGAAAAAGAAGAGAGAAGGCGGAAACAUUUGAAUAUUGAAGUGAAAAAAAAGUGCUUUAAUGCAUGCCAUCUCUUUCUAACUAAGAUCAAAAACUCUGCAUAUAAAGUAAGAAGAAAGGGAAAAGAAACAAAAAAUUUAUAAAAUAAAAAAAAAACAGUGAAGAGAAAAACAUUUAAAGUGCAACAAGAAAAAACAAAAAAAAAAAUUCCAAAGAAAAAUUUUUGUUUUCGGGAAAUUUUAAUUUUUUUUUUUUCCAUUAUUAGUGAAAAAUAUUUUCAAUAAUAAAAAAAAAACAAAAAUAAUUUUUUUUCUUUGCAUUUGCAUUACACUUUUUACUCUUUCCUUUUUUUUUUGUAACUUUUAACGUUAAAAUAAAAAUUUAGUCAAAAUUGCGGCCAUGGGUAGGAAAAAAAUUCAAAUUUCUAGAAUUACGGAUGAACGGAAUAGACAGGUGACUUUCAAUAAACGUAAAUUUGGUGUUAUGAAAAAAGCCUAUGAAUUAUCCGUUCUAUGUGACUGUGAAAUAGCUCUAAUAAUAUUUUCAUCAAGUAAUAAAUUAUAUCAAUAUGCUAGCACUGAUAUGGAUAAAGUUUUACUUAAGUAUACAGAAUAUAAUGAACCACAUGAAUCAAUAACAAAUAAAAAUAUAAUUGAGAAAGAGAAUAAGAAUGGUGUUAUGUCACCAGAAUCACCAGAACAAGAUGCCGAUUAUACAUUAACACCAAGAACUGAAGCCAAAUAUAAUAAAAUGGAAGAAGAAUUUCAAUUAGUAAUGCAAAGAAAUCAAAUAGCAGCAGCUGGUGCACGUGUUGGUAUGUCAGCAACAAAUUAUACAUUACCAGUAUCUGUACCAGUUGCUGGUGCAUAUGGUGAAACAGCAAUGUUACAAGCUAGUCCACAAAUGGCUCAUCAUAAUAUUAGUCCAAGGCCAUCAAGUUCAGAAACAGAUUCAGUUUAUCCGGCAGGUUCAAUGUUAGAAAUGUCAAAUGGUUAUCCACAUUCAGCAUCACCGUUAGGUGGUUCUCCAAGUCCAGGUCCAAGUCCUGGUAUAGGUGGGCAUAAUCACAGUAAAUCACAUCACAUAAAACAUUCACCAGUUAAUGCUAGUGGUAGAACUUCCAAUUUAAGAGUGGUAAUACCAACUCCAACAAUGGCGUCCAAUAUAUCAGCACCAGAAGAUAUUACCUACGCAGACCAGAGACAAACGCAGUCAACGUUAAACACACCAAUAGUUACAUUACAAACUCCAAUACCGUUACAGAAUUAUUCAUUAAGUACAUUUGGUCCACAAGAUUUCUCAAUGAAUUCAGAUGUUAUGAGUUUACCAUCAUGGACAACGCAUCCCAGUUUAACUACAGUACAACAUACGAGUGGUCUACCACAUUUAGCUGUAUCGAAUAGUACACCACCGCCAUCAACAUCACCAGUAUCAGUUAAAGUGAAAUCAGAACCUGUUUCACCACCACGUGAUCAUUCACAAUCAACAAGCGGUGGUAGUAGUAAUAGUGGUAGCGGACCCAGUGGUAAUAGUUCAACAAUUAUUGGACAAAAUCAUCAUCAUCAUCACCAUCAUCAUCAUCAUCCAAGCACAAUUAUUGGACAAACAUCAACUGGUGCCAUAUCAAUAACAACAAUGAAUACUGCUGCUGUGAUAGCUGGCGGUCAACAAACAACUGCUGCUAAUUUAAGUGUUUUAAGUCAUCCACAACAUUUGGUAAUGUCAAGACCAUCAUCAACGGGUCAUUUGACACCGACACCAGGUACAAUUACGCCCACAAAUGUACCAUCACCAGUAGCCAAUGAUUUACGACAUACACAUACACCUAGCUCACAAUUAUCGGAUUAUGAUUCACCACAAGCUCAUAAAAGGCCGCGUAUAUCAGAAGGUUGGUCAACAUAGCCGGAAACAUUAUCAGUUAAUACAACAAAUAUUAAUGGUGAUGGUUUUAUAAACAGUCCCAACAAUAAUAAUAAUCAUAGUAAUAGUAGCAACAAUAGUAAUAAUAAUAGUAUCAACAACAACAACAACAACAGUAAUAGCAGCAGU